AUGUUCCUUGCAGAUAAUAAAUCUGAUGAAAGUAAUAUCUGCGUCGUGUGCACCGCCGAAGGGGAGUACAAGAUUCAGGAGAAACCUGCAGCUACAGCGAGACAAACAAAAGCGACCAAAGCUCCAUCUAAGGCUUCGUCGCCGGUGCGGGUUGUUUGCAUCCUAGGCGGAUUCACAUUUCCGAUCUCCGAUGGGGAUGAAGUGGAACGAUUGGAAAAAUCCAUUUCGGAACGGGCCGACAUUCGCGAGGAAUAUGUAAAAUUGUUGAAGCGCAAAUCGAAACAUAUCAAACUAUUCCAAUUUAUGCCGUCAGUUUUCUCGGAUGAAGCUCUGGAAGGAUAUAACUUCAAUGGAGCAAACGUGCUUGGUAGGCGCAAGAUCGCCAUGAAAGGUUACAGUAUUUUCAGCAGUUGUUUCAUGGAUGCCUACGAAUCGGAAGGGCUAACCAUGGAAGAACUUGCCAACCAGAUAACCACGGCCAUCAAGCAGACUCGUAACAGAAUGCGUCAGCGUACCUUCCGGGUGAAGAGAUCUAUCGAGAAGAUGUUGAAGGAAAAAUCGGAAUACUAGCUGGUUGUGUUCGUUCUGGAGUAAACUGGAAAAUUCACCGAUAACCCAUUGGGACUCUUGUAGACAAUAAAUAAUGUAGUACUAGAUUAGAUUCAUACCUGACCGAUUAUAAAUUUUGUACUUAUUUGAUUCUAGCGAAUCAACUUAAUAAUUUUCAUGUAAACAAUAUAAAAGUAUCAUGAUUUUGAUAUGAGUUAUGUUUGUUUUCGAUGCUAUUACAAAAAUAUUAUUUAUCUAAAAUAAAUAAAUAAGUUAAAAAUAUAACUCAUCUGAAGCAGAAAAAACAACCAAUUUGCAAAUAAUAUCUGUAUACAGUUGCUGAACACUGUAAGACGGCAUCGCUUCAUUUAUCAAUCUAGUACCUCAUUCAUGCGAUAUCAAACCAUAUCAAACUGUUUCCUUUGUUUAAUAGAAAUAGCCGUGGAGGACAUUAAGCUGGAAAGCAUUCCCAUCCAAGUGGAUUCUACACUUUCAACCACCGGUAAUGCAGUACUAGAACCACUAGCAGAAACUCAUAAAA